GAUAAAUCUUACUGUUGGUAAAUUUUCUAACGGCGGCAAACAGUAGUGCUUACUAAACAUUUAUUGAAAUAUCUAAAUAUACAUACUUCCAUCAUUUAAACUAUUUUACUUUUACAUAAGUUUAUCUAUAGUUUACAAAAUGAGUUUUUCUUUUGGAACUACUACAACGUCGUCUAAUACUUUUGGUACACCUACACCAUCAACAGGAUUUUCAUUUGGCAGCGGUGACGCUUCAAAGCCGUUAUUUGGUGGAUCCAACACAGAAAACAAAGCAACGUUCAGUUUUACUAGUCCCACAACAAGUGCACCAGUAUUUGGCAGUUUUGCAUUUGGUGCUAAAACGACAAAUGCUGCACCUUCACCAUUUUCAUCUCCAUCGACAACGACUACAACUGCAGGCUUUGGAGCGAAUAAGCCAACACCCUUUGGAGGUUUCACUUCACCUCCUAAUCAGACAGUUGGCAGUUCUGCUUUUGGGCAAGCAACAAAUCAGAAUGCAGGACAGGCCCAGAAUCUGUCGUUUGGUGCAACCACCACAGCACCACCGGCAUUCGGUACACCUGCCACACAAGCUGCUGCCCCAGCAUUCGGUUCCAGUGCAAAUACAGGUUUUAGCUUCGGGAAGCCGGCAUCAACGACAGCUGGCUUUAGUUUUUCAACACCUACAUCUGGUUUCUCAGCACCGCAAGCUAGUACUGCAACAACAAUAGUACAACCGACUCUACCAACGUUUGGUCAAACAACCGCAGCACCGGCCUUAGGACAGAGUUCAUUUGGAUCAACAGGCUUCAGUUUUGGCAGUAAAACCGCUAUAACUACAACCAGUACCGUAACACCCGCACCAAGUUACAGUUUCGGUGGCAACACAUCUCAGCCAGCAUCUGGGCUUAAUUUGGGUGGAACGAAUUUCACUACCACAGCUCAAAGUAGCAUACCAAGCUUCGGUACUACUACAGCCGCACCUGGUGUAGCUUUUGGCACGUCUCCAGGUCAAACCACGACCGGGCUUAGUUUCAGUACACCAUCCACCAGUGCGACCAGUGGUCUUAAUUUUGGCACCGGCGUUGGAUUCGGCACAACUACACAGAGUGCAACACUAAGUUUCGGCGCACCGACAACACAGACCACCGUAACUCAACCUUCCACUGGGCUUAGUUUCGGGGGGCAGACUUCUCAGGGCUCAGCGACCGGGCUUGGUUUUGGCACGGCUGUUACAACCGGGUUAAGCUUUGGAACGAGUACGGCAGCGGCCGCAACGACUUCGGGGCUUAGUUUCGGUGUAAGCUCAGCACCUAGUACUCAGGCAGCCGGGCUUAGUUUUGGUGUCAGCUCCACACCAAGUACACAAACAACAGGACUUAGUUUUGGCGUCAGUUCCACGCCGAGUACACAAACGACAGGGCUUAGUUUUGGUGUGAGUUCAACGCCAAGUACGCAAACCUCUGGUCUGGGAUUUGGUGUCAGUUCCGCGCCAAGUACGCAAACGACUGGGCUUAGUUUUGGUGUCAGCUCCGCGCCAAGUACCCAAGCUACCGCGCUUAGUUUCGGGGUAAGCUCGGCCACUACUCAGCCACCGAGCACCGGAAUCAAUUUUGGAACUGGUACAUCAGCCGGAUUAACCUUCGGAACGAAAACUGUUACCACGACCGCUGUUUCUUCCGCACCAUCCACUACCACCCCGUCUGGCAUAACGGCACUGGGAAAAACUACAGCUUCAACUUCAAUAAUGCCCACUUUGACUACAACAACUACUGCAGCUGCACCAGUUCCACCUCAACCGAUAACUUCGAUAACAUUUGCACAAUUAGAGGAGAAUAUCAACAAAUGGACCUUAGAAUUGGAAGAGCAGGAACGGACAUUCAUCAACCAAGCUACCCAGAUUAAUGCUUGGGACACAUUACUAAUAGCAAACGGAGAGAAGAUCGUAGAACUAAACGAAGCAGUCGAGACAGUUAAAAACGAACAGCAAUCACUGGAACAUGAAUUAGACUUUGUACUGGCACAACAAAAAGAAUUGGAAGAUCUAUUAGGACCGAUGGAGAAACAGUUACUGCAAGAGAACAAUGACCGUAUCAAAGAUCCGGAAAGAGAACAUAUGUAUUCACUAGCGGAAAAUUUGGAUUCUCAACUGCAUCAGAUGUCGGAAGAUCUGAAGGAAGUUAUAGAGCAUCUCAAUGAGACUAACAGAAGUCAAGAUGGCAACGAUCCUAUUGUCCAAAUCGGUCGCAUACUAAACGCUCACAUGUCGUCGAUGCACUGGAUAGACAACUCCAUAGCUCAGAUAUCCAAUAAGCUGGAUCAAUUGAAGAGCGUUCACGACACGCUCAGGAAGGAUAACGAGAGAUCAUUUCAAUUGACUUACAAUUAAUCGGUUUUUAUGAUAUGUGUACGGUUGGUUCAGUUUUGUGAUUUUUGUCGAUUGUUUCUGGAUGUCAUUGUUAAUAAUUAACACGUUGACUGAUUUGUAGGUCACCGGUGCCCUACGCAGCGCAUUGAAGUAAUUAUGUCGAUUUCUCUCUUCAAUGGAUUCUUUCUUACUAAGGAAUAUCUAGUAGACUCUGGGAAAGACGAAUCCGAAGAUACUGAGAAUUAACCUAUUCCUAAGAGAUCUAGAAGACUAAAAACAUACAUUAAAAAACAAAAGAAGGUAAAUUGACAUAAUUACUUCAGUGCGCCGCGUAGGACACCGGUGACCUACAAGGCAAUUAACGUGUUAAACACGCCUACGAGUACUCAGAAUGUUUGUAAACUGUAAUAGAAGAAUAUUUGUAAUACAACAUUAGUUUUACUAUUGCAGUACUUAAAGUAGUGAAUUGUAUUGUUUGAUUAACUAAUGAAUACAGUACAGUGUAGGACUUGUAAAGUUUUCUUUUAAAUAAAUAAUAGAAAUAAAUCUCAUAUUAAAUAAAAAGGUUAAUGUCGCAUAACCGACUAUGCUUCUAAUCUCAAGAAUUGUACUUUAUACGAAUAUUUCUAAACAAGCUAUUAUUAAAGAAAAUAGAGAUGAUGAAGGUUGUUCACCUUCAUUAAAAAUCUGUCGUAUAAUAAAAGUAAAUAUUUUCAGUAUUACCCAAAAAAACAAAGAGGUCACUACUUUGUACAAUGACGUCAACAUUCAAGAACCCGUUGCGAAUGCUAUACCAAAAAAUGCGUAGAGUAGAAUUCAAUUGUCAUUUAAUAACACAUACAUAUAAUUUACUUACAUUCCUCAUUAUGCUAUUUAUGAUGACGUGUUCAAAGACACUUCACAUUACGACAGUACCUAAAUGUACUAUGAGGAUGAAAAUGUGAAUCAAAUAUUUUCAUGAAUCCCUUGUAUUUCGUACUAUCAAAUGCAAGUUCGCGAUCAAACUGCAUUAUUACUAUACAUUAUAUUUUAGAAAAUUGAGUAACAUGGGUUCAAAGAAUUUUAAUUCAAAUCACGUAAUAUGUUGUUACCCAAGCAAACAAACGAACGUAAUUUGAUUAUAUUGAUGAUCAGUGUGCUUUUUGUGUGAGUUUUUUAACGUUCUCGAUCGCGUAAAAGUUAGCUCAAAUCUGUAUGGAGCUGGAACGUUUGCCUACGUUUGCCGCUAAGGGCGCUGUUCCAAUUGCAUACAAAUUCGAGUUAACUUUUACGCUAUCGAGAAUGUUAAAAACUCGCACUAAGCACACUGGCCAGUGACGAGGCCAGAAAUGAAACACUCAAAUAGUAUUUACAAAUGAAUGUGUCAUUUAUUAAAGACGUUAAAAUGUUUUUGUUAUGGCAACAAAAUGAUUCAAUAAAUAA